AGGAGGCGGCGGGCGGAAGCGGCGGGCGGCGGGGGGAAGAUGGCGGCGCGUCGGGGCCCGGGCCCGGGGCCGGCGCUGCUGGUGGUGCUGGCGGUGCUGGGCCCGGGGCGGCCGCUGCGGGGGGCCCGCGCUGCCCUCAACCUGCAGGAGCUGAGCGAGCUCAAGUACGGCCUGGAGAUCCUCGCUGAGCCCGUGCUGGCCGGGCAGCGCCAGGCGGAGGACGUGGUGACGGUGGCAUCCAAGUUCAAGCAACGCUACGAGUGUCGGCUGCCUCCCGCCGCCGUCCGGCGUCAGCCUGAUCCCGAGGAGGAGGCGCAGCUCUACAACGGCUCCGGCGUCGCCGAGCUCCUGCGCCCCAUGGGAGCUGCCCCGUGCCUCGUCAAGACCAAGGACUGGUGGACGUACGAGUUCUGCUACGGGAAGCACAUCCAGCAGUACCACGUGGAAGAGUCAGAGAUCAAAGGAGACGUCCUCUUCCUCGGCUACUACCAGUCGGCGUUUGACUGGGACGAUGAGACGGCCAAGGCCUCCAAACAGCACCGGCUAAAGCGGUACCACAGCCAGAGCUAUGUGAACGGCUCCCAGUGCGACCUCACCGGCCGAGCCAGGGAAGCCGAAGUCCGGUUCCUGUGCGAGGAAGGGGCCGGCGACUACAUCGCCCGGGUGGACGAGCCCCAGUCCUGCUCCUACGUCCUGACCGUCCACACCACGCGCAUCUGCCACCACCCCUUCCUGCGGCCGCCGGCCGGCGCCGCGCCGCAGCCCAUCCUGUGCCAGCCGGCGCUCAGCCCGGCGCAGUACGUCGAGUACGUCCGCGCCCAAGUCUCUGACACCAAGCGGAAGGUGGAGGAGAUCUCGGAGGAGCUCAAGACGUUGGACACGAAGCUGUGGAGUGAGAGGGAGGCCGAGACCCCCGCGCAGCCCCCCGAGGGCGUGCCGGCAGCCCACGGGGACGCCGAGCCGGACCCGGCCAGCGAUGUGGCUUUUUGGGAGCGGGUGCGCCAAGUCACCGGGAAGGCCAGUGGCCAGCAGGACCGCGCCGGGGCGGAGGAGCCGUCCCCAAAGGCGGCCGGUGGCCGCGUGGCUGAUAUGCGGAAAAAAAUCCAUUUCAAAGUGAUCAGGAGCCCUGGGGACCUGCUCCAGUUCAUCGAGGAGCUGAAGGAGAGCACCAGGAAGGCCAAGGAGAAGGUGAGCGAGGAGGAGGAGGAGGAGGCGGCAGCGGCGAAGGCUCCCCCAGACCCCCCGGUUCCUGAGGAGCCCCCAGCGGGUGAGAGGGAGCGACCAGAGGAGGAAGAAGAGGAUGAGGAGGAAGACGGGGACCUCCUGGGUGGCUUCGAGAAGGAGCUGGAGGCCGUUCUGCUGCCCCGCGAGCAGAUGGCCCAGCUGAAGGAGGAGGUGAAGACCGAGAUGGAGAAAGAGUUUGACAACAUCAUCAACGAGGUGGAGGACGAGCUGGAGACGGAGGGGCUGAAGGGGGAGUUUGACCGUAACCAGGCCUCCAAGUCGUUGGCCUCCACCCUCAACCGCCUCAUGGACAAGCUGGACGGGGGUGGCCCUGCCCCCGGCGGGGAGAAGGAGGAAGAGGAAGGAGCCGUGAGGAAGGCCAGCCCCGGCCCCCCGGCCGACGGGCGGGUGCGGGUGCGGGUGAGCAGGAUCGGGCCCGGCAGCGCCCAGCAGCGCGACCCCCCCCGGCGGGAGAUGGCUCACGACAACCCCCAGCUCCACCACAUCGAGAGCGAGGUGCGGGAGCUGCUGGCCAAGGAGGGGCUGCGGGCCGAAGGGAAAAUCGAGAUCAAGAUCGUGACGACGGGGGGGGGCGACGAGGACGAGGCGCACUGGCUGUCGGAGGAGGACACCAAGAACCUCAAGGAGAUUUUCCUCAACAUCCUGAUCCAGGGCACGGAGGAGGUGCAGAAGGAGCGGCGGCGGCAGCAGGCGCUGGAGGACAACUACCGCUUCGUGUGGGGGGGCCACGAGGAGCCCCAGCCCCCCGGCGACUCCGAGGACCCCGAUUUCUGACACCCCUCCCCCCCAUCGCCGUGGGGCUGGGAGGGGCGUUGGUGCCCCCCACCCCCAAAGGGGGGAGCUUGGACUGUUUGGGGAGGGGGGGGGAUGUCUCUGUGUCCCCCAUGGGAAGGGGGGGGCCCUGCCCUGAGGGGGGUCGCGUUUGUGACGUGGAUGCACUGGGGGGGGUGAUUGGGGGGGGGGGGGGGUAGGUGUGUGAGUGGGUUGGGGAGUGGGAGUGUGAUUUGGGGGGGAGGGGGGAGGGGACUGUGAUUUGGGGGGCUGGGGGGGGAUCCAGUUGUCACCACUGGAGCCAUUUGUGCCCCCCCCCGCGCCCCCCCCGAGGGGAGCUCUCUCAUAAUGAGAUGUAAUGAGGUCAUUCGGCCUCUGCCCCUGCCCCCCCCCCCCGCCCCCCCCCCGGCCUUUUUAUCAAUAAACUGUGGUCACCCCCCA